AUGUGGGCACAUGUCGAAAUGGGACCCCCUGAUGCCAUCCUUGGCAUCACGGAAGCCUUUAAACGUGAUACAAAUUGUAAAAAGGUAAAUCUUGGUGUCGGAGCCUACCGAGAUGAUGAUUGCAAACCGUGGGUGCUGCCCUCCGUCCGCGAGGCAGAGAAGCGUAUCCUUUCUCGGAAUUUAGACCACGAGUACCUUCCAAUCACUGGUCUUGCCUCGUUUUGCAAAUCAGCGAUUGAGUUUGCGCUAGGUCCAGACUGUCCUGCUCUUAAGGAGGAGCGUAAUGCCACAGCCCAAUGCCUUUCUGGCACUGGGUCUCUCCGAACCGGAGCUGAAUUUCUGGGUCGUUGGACCAAAGUUAAGGAAGUCUGGUUUCCUAAACCAACUUGGCCCAACCACGUUGCUAUAUUUAGGAAUGGUGGGAUCACUAACAUUAACUACUACCGCUAUUACGAUUGCAAUACCUGUGGCCUCGAUGAAGCCGGGUGGCUGGAAGACAUUGCCAAGAUUCCAGAAGGUGCCAUUAUUUUGUUGCACGCCUGUGCCCACAAUCCAACCGGCGUUGAUCCAACCAAGGAGCAGUGGAAAAAAGUUGCCAAGAUUAUCAAAGAACGCAACCUUAUCCCCUUCUUUGACAUGGCUUACCAGGGCUUCGCUUCAGGCGAUCCUGACCACGACGCCUGGGCCUUGCGUUACUUCGUUAAUGAGGUCAAGCCGAAGACGCUGCUGUUGGCUCAGAGCUUCGCCAAAAACAUGGGUCUCUACGGUGAAAGAUGCGGCGCAUUUACUCUCAUCUGUGAGUCGAAGGAGGAGGCGUGUCGCUGCAUGUCUCAGAUCAAAAUCCUCAUCCGCCCAUUGGUGAGUAACCCACCACUCUACGGAGCUCGUAUCGCCUCUGAAAUUCUCAAUGACCCUGAACUCAAGGCGAUGUGGCUCAAGGAUGUGAAGGUGAUGGCGGAUCGAAUAAUUAGCAUGCGACAAGCUCUGAAAAGUGGCCUCGCGCGCGAGGGUUCAAAGCAUUGUUGGGACCACAUUACGAAACAGAUUGGGAUGUUCUGUUACACUGGUCUGAAACCCGAUCAGGUUGAACGACUGACGAAGGAGUUCUCCAUCUACCUGACGAAGGACGGGCGCAUCAGCGUAGCCGGUGUCACCUCCAAGAACGUCGACUACCUUGCUCACGCCAUGCACGAGGUGACCAAGUAG